GACCCCCUCCCUCCCCCAUGUAACAAUUUUUGUAUGGGAAAUUUUGAAUUUUUGUAUGGAGCGUAACACAGCGGUGGACCCCCUCCCUCCCCUCUUAGCGUUACAUAAUAUGCGAACGAACCCCAAUCAGCGACGACGAUCUCAUCGACGGCACAUCGCUCGGAUGUCAAAACUGUUUCUUCUGUAUGCAUCGAUAUUAGCCUCUGCAUGCUGUGAGUUUUUGACUUUUACUGCGAGCAAUGUUUUCAAGUUUUCCGUGAGAGUGAGCAGGAUAGCACCAAAACAGUGCUCGCAGUAAAAGUCAAAAGACAAAAGAAUUUUGCCAGCAUACACUGGCUAAUUCGCGACUUCGAAGUUACCGAAUGUGCGUGAAGGUUUACGUGACAAAAAACGUGGGGGAAUAUUGUUUGCUUUUUUUCACGCACAUUUUGACAGUUCCUUACGAGAUGUUUCUUUAGUGCGACAAAGAGUUGGAAUCUCUCUCAACUUCGAAGUCGCGAAUAUUUAGCGAACUUUAGGCUUAGGUUUUCGUUCAGUGCAGUUUGAUUUUUCUUCUAUGCUGUCUGCUAAGCUCAUGCUGCCAGUCGCACGCUAAUCUGAAAUGACCCAGCGGCUGGGUAAUUUUUUGAAUUUGUUUCUAUUUACACGGAAGAAAUAAAGUACCCAAAUAUAGUUUUUUUUUACCCAACUCCAAGUACCGUGUGGGAAGCCAUAUUUGAGUAUUCAUUCAUCACAGACAAACAGACGUAACACUCAAAUAAUAGUCCAUUUUACGAGCCGGUUUUAUGAAUGAAAAUUUGACAGGAGCUACAACGCUGAGUUAAAACUAUAAGCUGUUUAGCCAAAUUUGAGUUUUUAAAACUUAUUCACUAGGUUAAAAUAUUUUUCCGUGCAUAUUCAAGAAAUCUGAGUUUUCGAGUUACCCGCACGGAACCGCCAAACUACCCAAAAUUGAGUACUUUUGACGCAAUUCCAUAGUUCGGUCCAAUAAACCAAAAUUUGAGUUAAUCGAUUAAACUCACGCUAGGUAAAUUGCCUUUACCUCCAGCUAAAAAAAUAUACUCAAGAGUCACGGAAAAUCCAAACUACCCCCUUUGGGUAGAUACAUCUCUGUUUGUUUUUGACAACAUCGGUGAACCAGAGAGGGAAAACAACCUACACGGAACCGCUAAACUACCCAAAAUUGAGUUCUUUUGACGCAAUCCCAUAGUUCGGCCCAAUAAGCCAAAUUUGAGUAAAUCGAUUAAACUCACACUAGGUAAAUUGCCUUCACCUCCAGCAAAAACAUUUAUUAAAGAGCAGGUAAAUUCAACCCAAGACCCCCCCUCAUUCAACCCAAAUUUGAGUAAACCUGCAUUUACCCAAAAUUGGCUUAUUGGGCUCAAGGACCCCCGUUGGGUAGAUGCAUCUCUGUUUGUUUUUGACAACAUCGGUGAGGGAAAGAGGGAAAACAACCUAAUUUUGGGUAACUAGUUUAUUCGAUAAAAUCGGAGAAAUCAAACUACCUAAUUUUUGGGUCGAUUUUACUCAAAGCUGAGUAUAUCGAAUAAACUAGUUACCCAAAAUUAGGUUGUUUUCCCACUUUCCCCCACCGAUGUUGUCAAAAACAAACAGAGAUGCGUCUACCCAAUGGGGGUCCUUGAGCCCAAUAAGCCAAUUUUAAGUAAAUGUAGGUAUACUCAAAUUUGGGUUGAAUGAGGGGGGGUCUUGGGUUGAAUUUACCCACUCUUCAGUAUAUUUUUUUGCUGGAGGUUAAGGCAAUUUACCUAGUGUGAGUUUAAUCGAUUUACUCAAAUUUGGCUUAUUGGGCGGAACUAUGGGAUUGCGUCAAAAGAACUCAAUUUUGGGUAGUUUGGUGGUUCCGUAUACAUCAUGAAAAUCCGGAUUUUAUCCAUGGGUAGAAUCGACCCAGCCGAUGAGUAGUUUCAGGUUAGCGUGUAGCGACAGUUGUCAUGUCAAGAUCAACUGCUAUGUGACACGACUGCCGCCAGUCAAAAUCCCCAUCGCGAAGGUGCCAGCCUGUGCCAGCAUUAGCUUUGUUUAUGUUUUCGAGUCCCAACAAAAUUCUCAGAGGAAGUGAUCCAUCCUGAUCGGAUAAAUUACGGUUUUUGUGAAGAAAUGUGCAUUGACUCGCAACAUGCCGCCAAAGCGAAGGAAUGCAUUGUUAGCAUCGGUGAGCUGGUCCUCGCCGGUGAUGGUCAAAGUUCGGCGGAAACAGACGCCUUGAUUCUCCUGGAACGCCACAGUGCCCUAUUCUCACCAUUCCUCUACGUCGACUACGUACAGUGGCAGAACAUUCUAACUACAAAAUGGCUUCGAUCAUCCGUGGAAGAUCACAAGGUCGCGAUCUUUGCAUUGCAUUCCUCCCACCGUGAAAUAGCUCGCCAACUGCUGGCCCGAGAAGACCUGGAUGAAUCAACGUCCACCGGUUCAACAGAAGCUCGUGAAGCCCGCGUAACGGUGCUGAACUACUUUAUGAAAUACUUCAAGAACGUCCUGAUGGCAACCGGAUCGAAGCCCUACGAGAUAAGGGUUGCCAUUCGAGGAUUCGGUUCGAUGGUGGAGGCCUGCAGUUGUCUGAUGUCGGAGGAGUACAUGAACGAACUGCUGCUGCUGGUGAUGCAGCGAACCGAGUUCGUGUACCUGGUGGAGGAAAAGUCCAACGAACUUUUGGAACAUUUGCCGGAUUUCGUCCAGGCUCUGUCGGAUAUUAUGAGCCACGUGCGCGAGUUGACUGGAGUGCAGAUCAUGGCGCUGCAGAACAUCAUCAUCGGGCUGGUCAAGGAUUUCCACUAUCUGAGCAGUUCGUAUCACGAGCUGAUUGUGAGUUCUCUCAUGAAGACCUUCGACAAUUUGGGUAAGCUCGGUGGCGGGGUUCUGGAUAGUUUGCUGGAGAAGAUUGUUCUGAGAGGGAUCAUCUGGAGUUGCUCGCACAUGCCGCAUAAGCGUAGCUAGGUCAUAGCUCUAGGGGGGGAGCCAAGGCCAUGUCGAUAUAGAUUUUUGAUACUAAAAUGAUACUUUUCACCUGAAUUGCGUGAUUUUUUUUCCGAAAUGGAUUAUUUUGGAGGGGGCCAGGCCCCCCCUGGCCACCCCCUAUUUACGCCAACGCACAUGCGUAAUCAGCGUAAUGCGUAAUCGCACACGUAAAUCAGGGGAGAGGGCCGGAGGAAAACUCAAACUGGAAAGUUUACAUAACCUACAUAUUGGGAUUCUAACAAGUCUGUCCUUAAUGUUUCUGCUAAUAAAAAUAUUUUAUUUCAGGAGGAUUCAGGAAAAUUUAU